GUCACUUGCAAAAGUGUCCUCAGCUGGGACUCUUUGCUCCCCACCCACCAACUUGCCUCUGCAUCCUGCCUGCCCGCAGGAAGCCCUGCCCCGCAGCCGGUCCAAGAAGGCUUGAUCCGCCUCUACAGCAUGAGAUUCUGCCCCUAUGCGCAACGGACUCGCCUGGUGCUCCGGGCCAAAGGCAUCAGACAUGAAAUUAUCAACAUUAACUUGAAAAAUAAACCCGAUUGGUUCUAUACGAAGCACCCUUUUGGCCAAGUCCCUGUCCUGGAAACCAGCCAAUGCCAGCUGGUCUAUGAAUCUGUGAUCGCCUGUGAGUACCUAGAUGAUGCAUAUCCUGGGAGGAAGCUGUAUCCAUAUGACCCUUAUGAGAGAGCACGCCAAAAGAUGUUAUUGGACCUCUUCAAUAAGAUCCCACCGUUGACCAAGGAGUGUCUAGUAUCGAUGAGAUGUGGGAGAGAAAUCACGGAUCUGAAGCUAGCUCUGCGCCAGGAAUUCUGCAACCUGGAAGAGAUUCUUGACUAUCAAAACACCGUUUACUUUGGUGGAGACUGUAUAUCCAUGAUCGAUUACCUCUUUUGGCCCUGGUUUGAGCGACUGGACGUAUAUGGAAUAUCAGACUGUGUGGACCACACCCCGGCACUUCAGGUCUGGAUCUCGGCAAUGAGGCAGGAUCCUACAGUGUGCGCACUCCUCGUGGAUAAGAACAUUUUCCUGGGCUUCUUGAAUCUCUAUUUUCAGAACGACCCUGAUGCCUUUGACUACGGACUAAGCUUCUGA